AAUGGUCGAUUUCUUCUCCUUCGUCUUCUUCUCCUUCUUCUCCUUCUCCUUCUCUUUGGACUGAGACUCUGAAGAGCGUUCGACUGAAGGGAGAAUGCCGGACGGACGAGCAGGGGUUGACGGGAGUUGCCGGAGGCUGACGGGAAUCUCCACCUUCUCCUUCGUCUCCUUCUCGUUCUCAUUCGACUGAAGAGGGGAAUCGCCACUCGCCAGACGGACGAGCGGUGGACUGUAGGCGAUGGAUGGAUCAGUGGACUUAGUAGAAAUAGCUGCCGAAUUUAUUGAUAGAUGUUCUGAAAAAUUUGAUGAUUGCAAUGCACUCAUCUUGCCCAGAAAGAAAAAAUCCAAGUCUGAAGGCACAAACAAGGACAAGCAAAAUAAAGAGGAGUUGAAGUUGAGUAAAUCACAGAAGAGGAAGUUAAAGCAAUUGCAGGAUUUGAAGGAGAAGAAGGUGCGAUUAGCAGAAAGUUUUCACAUCUUACAAAAGCAUAAAAUCCAGGAUGAUGCAUAUGGCUUUUUGUAUUCUUCAGGAAAUAUUGGGCAGGCAGAAACUAUGAAGGAGAAGCUCAGAAGAGGGAUGCAACUUUCUAGGGCUGGGUUAGAAGUACCAGAGAAUGUUCCUCUUCUCAAGGAGAGAGAACAUUUGCAUGUCUCGUAUCCACAGUCGGAUUUAAACAUGAACAUUGAUGUUGUUAUGGAAAGACAUCCAGAACAAGUUGUACAAAAGACUUGUUCUUCGCUACCAUCAAAUAUAGAGAAUGCUGGCUUAAAAGAUUCAUCUUUGGCAGAAGAACAACAAAUGCUGAACCACGUGAAUAAAGAAACUGGGUUCUCAAGUUCUUCUUCCUCAAAUCUAGAUUAUGCUAGUAAAGCUUUGCCUUUGCCAGAACAACAACAGAUGCUAAUCCCUAUGAAUAAAGAAACUGGGUUCUCAAGUUCUUCUUCCUUGCCUCAGAGUUUGUCUGGUGAAGAGCUUGAUGCCUGCAAGAGUAAAGAAAAUAAAGGUUGUUCAGGUGGCUUCAACAGGCAGGAAGAUAUUGAGCCGCAGAAGAGUACAGCCGUUGGACCUUUUCAUGGUCAAAAGUCAUUCAACGUGCGUGUUGUGAGACCUGCAGAUGUAGAAGAGAAAAGGAUUGAUCUUCCAAUAGUCAUGAUGGAGCAGGAAAUAAUGGAAGCUAUCAAUGCUUACUCUACUGUGAUUAUUUGUGGCGAGACUGGAUGUGGCAAAACUACACAAGUGCCUCAAUUCCUAUAUGAGGCUGGUUUUGGUUCUAAGGAAUGCCUUGCAAGGGGAGGGCUCAUUGGCAUCACUCAGCCACGCCGGGUUGCAGUUCUUGCCACAGCUAAGCGUGUUGCAUAUGAAUUGGGCCUCAAGUUGGGGAAGGAAGUUGGUUUUCAAGUUAGACAUGACAAGCGAAUGGGUGAAUGUAGCUCCAUCAAGUUUAUGACUGAUGGGAUUUUGCUUCGCGAAAUUCAGAGUGAUUUUCUUUUAAAGAGGUAUUCCAUCAUCGUUCUUGAUGAAGCUCAUGAAAGGAGCUUGAACACAGAUAUACUGAUUGGAAUCUUAUCCAGGAUAAUAAAAUUGCGUCAGGAACUAUAUGAUGAUCAGCAGCAGAAGAUUCUUUCUGGAGUCCACGUUAAACCUGAGAACAUGAUAUUUCCUUUGAAACUUGUUCUCAUGAGUGCUACUCUGAAGGUGGAAGAUUUUGCUUCAAACAAGAAGCUGUUCGAGGUCCCGCCACCAGUUAUAGAAGUCCCUACAAGGCAAUUUCCUGUAACAAUUCACUUUUCAAGGAAGACAGAGUUGGUAGACUAUGUAGGCCAAGCUUAUAAAAAGGUCUUGCAGAUGCACAGGAAAUUGCCGCCUGGUGGCAUUCUUGUAUUUCUAACAGGGCAGAGGGAGGUGGAGUACUUUUGUAAGAAGCUAAGAAAAGCUUCCUUGUUGUUAAGAAAAAAAGGCUGUGAGCAUAGAAAGGCCAAUGUAGAUGCUAGUUCCUUGGCAGUAGAUCAUACCGUGCAUGAUGAUGAAGCCAAGGAUAUAUCUGAAGCAUUCGAGAUUUCUGAAAGGAAAACAAAUCAACAGAUGUGCGGGUUGAACAUUUAUCAGGAAGAGGAGCUUGAUGACGCAGGGUCUCUGUCUGAUUCCUCUGAACUGGAAAGUGAGAACAUGGAUGAGAGUGAGGAUGAUGAUGAUAGUUCUUUGGAGGAUGUUGCUAACCAAGUGAAGACAAAUACUUUACAGGAUGUUAUUGAAGAUCCUGAGAGCGUAGCAUCACUCAGAGCAGCUUUUCAGGCAUUGACUGGUAAUGCAGAAGCUGUCGAUUCCAAGGAAGAUACUUAUUUGUCUUGCUCUCCAGCUGAAGAGGGUCGUGCUAUCCAUCAUGGAAUAAAGUCUGCAGUUGUGGGUCCUAUGUGUGUCCUACCCCUUUAUGCCAUGUUACCUGCAGCUGCACAGCUCCGUGUAUUUGGAGACGUACCUGAGGGUGAGCGGCUUGUGGUGGUUGCUACUAAUGUUGCCGAGACCUCAUUAACCAUUCCUGGAAUAAAAUAUGUAGUUGAUUCCGGAAGAGAAAAAGUGAAAAACUAUAACCAUGCGAAUGGCAUGGCAAAUUAUGAAAUUCAAUGGAUAAGCAAAGCAUCAGCUGCUCAGCGUGCAGGACGAGCUGGAAGAACUGGACCUGGCUACUGCUAUCGUCUUUAUUCUUCUGCCAUUUUCAGUAACAUAUUUCCUGAGUUUUCAGAUCCUGAAAUACUAAAAACACCUGUUGAAGGUGUAUUACUAGUCAUGAAGUUCAUGGGUAUUGACAAGGUGGCUAAUUUCCCAUUUCCCACCCCGCCUGACAGUGCUUCACUGUUAGAAGCUGAGCGCUGCUUGAAGGUUCUUGAAGCUAUUGAUAAUUGUGGUAAGCUCACACCCCUUGGAAAGGCCAUGGCUCAAUAUCCUAUAAGUCCUCGCCAUUCUCGUAUGCUGUUGACUGUGAAUAGUCAGUUAAGGAAGGGCGGCUUUAGAAGAGCAAAUUUAGUUUUGAGUUAUGCUGUUGCUGCCGCUGCAGCUUUGAGCUCGCUCAAUCCUUUCAUUUUCCAAUUUCAUCCAAACAGUGAGAGUAAAAAGGAUGUAGAUCAAGAUAGCAAUAGUGGGACCUUGGAGAAUAGUUCUCUUAGGGCCUCUGCAAAGACAGAGGUAGAUGGCAGUGAAGUUCCAGAUAAACAGGCCAAACUGAAGCAUAAAAAACAUAAGGCUCUUGUGAAGGAAGUGCGUGAGAAAUUCAGUAACCCCUGCAGUGAUGCUUUGACGGUGGCUAAGGUGCUGCUGCAUUUCGAACUUGCUGAUAACCAAUCAGAUUUCUGCACAAAUUAUCUUUUGCACUUCAAAACAAUGGAUGAGAUGUCUAAAUUGCGAAAGCAACUUCUUAGGCUGAUCUUUUAUCCGGUCCUGAACAGUUCUCAGCAGGAAUUUUCAUGGAUGCACGGGAACAUUGAUGAUGUGGAAUGUGCCUGGAGAUCUUUCAUUGGUGAGUCUCUUUCAUUGAGUGAAGAAGAGCUAUUGGGGCAAGCUAUAUGUUCAGGUUGGGCAGAUAGAGUGGCUCGACGCAUUAGAAAAGUUACUGGUGUAUCUGAUGAAAGGAAAAAGGUAAUUUCUGCGAGAUAUCAAGCUUGCAUGCUGAGUGAAACCGUGUACCUUCACCGCACAUCAUCUGUUGCUAGGUUGGCUCCUGAAUUUGUCAUAUAUAAUGAACUUGUUAACACUUCUCGACCAUAUAUGCAUGGGAUCACAAGCAUAAAAUCUGAGUGGCUUGUUAAGCAUGCAAAGCCCUUGUGCAGUUUCUCAGAGCCACUUUCAGACCCUAAGCCUUAUUAUGAACCUGUGAGCGACCAAGUGAUGUGCUGGGUGAACACAACUUUUGGUCCGCACCUUUGGCAGCUUCCACUACAUAGUUGUCCAUGCGAAAAUCAAAAGCUUUGUAUUUCUGUGUUUGCUUGUGCUUUGCUUGAAGGAAAAGUGCUCCCGUGCUUAAAAUCAACACAAAAGUGCUUGUCUGCUGCUCCAUCCAGCAUUUUGAUUCCAGAAGCUGCAGGGCAGAAAAGGGUAGGGAAUCUUCUCGAUAAGCUAAAAAAUGGUACAAGGUUCAUCGAUACGCGUGCUAUGCUUAGAGAAAGCUGGAAAAAAGAUCCCAAUUUGCUGUAUUAUGAGAUAGCCGAUUGGUUCCAGGAGAAGUACCACAAUCUGUUUGAACAAGUUUGGGUACAGAUGCAUCAUGAAGUUAUGCUAGAAGCCAAUCAGCUCUUCCCAAAAAGAAAAAAGAGAGUGAAGUAAAAAUUUAUUGUUUUGCUGGCUAGCUAAGGAUCGAUAUGUGCAGAAUGAUUGACCUUUUCUGCUCUUGACCUUUUGAUGCCAUUUGACAAGAACUAUCUGAAGGGUAUUCAGCCUAACAGACAAAGGACUUCCUGACCUUUGCAUGAGCCUUUGAUGCUUGUUAUUGCUUUGAACCCCAAAAUUGGCUGUGACAAAGCUGCAUCUGUUGCAAAGAAGGCUGACAAGGAAGGCACCACUCUCAAGG